AUGGUUGUCUUAGCACAACCAACUCAAUGUUUUGAAUGUUAUAAAGUCUAUUUUGGCUUAUCGAAAAUUGUACCAAUUAAGCUAGAAGUUCAACGCAAGCAGUCAACACAAACAGUCUUGCAAAAGCGUGUCAACUGGAAGGAAGUGAUGUCUGAAGUUGUCGACGUUAGGGAAUGUGGCGCUGAUGAAAAGCAGUCUGACCAAUGGUCACAUCACUGUCGGGUUUCGCUUUGUAAUUAUAUGCAAAGAGGAGCAAACAGAAUAAUUGGGACAUUCAAUCAGCUCUGCUGGAGGUUAGUUACGCAGCGUUGA